AUGGCCUGCCUCACGACGACCAUGCCCCGAGCUGCAGCCCCUCCCCGCGCUCCCAACGCGCCCAGCAUCCUGCGCAUGGCGGCCUUCCCUCUGGCCUUGGUCGCCAUCAUCGGCAGCUCGGUCGGCCUGUACCGGUCCGUCCUCGAGAAGCGUUCCCAGGACCAGCGAGCGAGGCGCAAGGAGUACCCGAACCCGAUCUAA